GUCUUUGUACUUGAUUUCUAUCAGUUUCGCUAUUGUCUUCUAGUGUGUAAAAGUCUUUCUUCUUCCUCUGAUCAAUUUUAUAAGAAGGCUGCGAUUAGAAAACACCCUUCUAAUUCGUGAAAAGAUCACCGGAUUUCCUCGAGUAAUAUUGAAUCCCAAAAUGCUGACUCUCACCACCUUCUUCAUCUCACUCCUCCAUCUUCUCCUCCCGAUGACCACCGCCCCAGCCUACAAUGCCACUGACAUCAUCCUCCUCGGCUGCGGCUUACAGUCCAACACUAUGUCACAGGAUGGCCGAAGCUGGGAUGCCGAUGCUCGAUCUAUAUAUUCCACCUUCAACGACCCAAGCUCAUCAUUUUCUGUAGAUGCCUCCGACCAAAACGCUUCGGUUCCCACAGUUCCAUACCACUCUGCACUCAUCAUUAAAUCUAAAUUCACCUACAACUUCCGUGUCUCCCCUGGCCCAAAGUUCCUUCGUCUCUACUUCUAUCCUGAAAAAUACUCCACUUUUGACAUGACCACUUCCUUUUUCUCCGUCACUGCCAAUAGCUACACCCUCCUGAAAAAUUUCAGUGCGCAUAUGCAUCUGAUCAAGGAGGCCUUCUUGAUGAAAGAAUUCAUUGUUCCUGUGUGGGACAAUGAGAUUCUUAAUGUUACCUUCAUCCCUUCUUCGAACUCUUAUGCUUUCAUUAACGGCAUCGAAAUCGUUUCCAUGCCAAGCGGCCUCUACUUAAGUGGUUGGGAAAUCCCAUUCGUGACUGUAGUCCUUGGCCAAUCCUUCUCUUUGGAUAAUACAACCACCUCACUUGAGACUCUUUAUCGGCUGAAAGUUGGCGGAAACCGCAUUGAGAACGUGCAAGACACAGGGAUGUACCGAACCUGGAGUCCAGAUGGAGAUUAUCUUGUCGGUUCAAACUGGAUUGUUCCAAUUUUGAACAUAUCCCAGCCGAUUCAAUUUACAGAGGGCACACCGGCGUACACCGCACCCAAGGAACUUUACACUACUUCGCGUAUGAUGAGCAACAAUGCUUCGUUGAAUUUGAAAUCCAACAUGACCUGGAAGUUCCCCGUUGAUGCAGGGUUCCGCUACCUCGUCAGGCUUCAUUUCUGUGAGAUUCUGAUGAGGGUCACAGGCCAACAUCAACAUGUCUUCGACAUAUUCAUCAACAAUCAAACUGCGGCAACAGCCGUCGACGUGUUUCUUUUGAGCGGUGGCAAUGGACAUCCUUUGUACAAAGACUACAUUGUUUUGACUGAAAACAGUACCCAAGGAAAGGACCUUUGGCUAGCGCUGCACCCUCAAAACAAAAGCUAUGCUGAUGCCUUUUUGAACGGUUUAGAGAUUUUCAAACUGAAUCAAUCCGGUGGUAACCUAGCUGGACCCAAUCCUGACCCGAUUUCUAGUCCUGCAGCUCCAGACUCGCAUAGAGGCCCAAAGAGUAAGGUAACAUCAAUGAGUUUGCCAAUCAUUGGAGCUAUUCUGGGUGGUUUUGCUCUGGUUUCUCUCCUCGUGAGCUUUUUCGUUUUUCAAAGACGAAGAAAACUGAAACGCUCGCUCUCUUUCACAUCAAAGUUCAUUCCCACAAAAACCUCCUCCUCGUCCUCGUUACCGUCUGAUAUCUGUUGUCACUUCUCAAUCGCCGAGAUCAAAGCAGCCACUCAAGAUUUCGACGAUAGGAUUCUAAUCGGAAGUGGAGGAUUUGGAAACGUUUACAGAGGGAUUUUCAAUGGUGGGACCACCAUUGCUGCAAUCAAACGGUUAAAACCUUCAUCAACGCAAGGGGCCCACGAGUUCCACACCGAAAUUGCCUUGCUUUCAAAGCUUCGACACAUGCAUCUUGUUUCUCUGAUUGGAUACUGUGAUGAUCAGGGUGAGAUGAUCCUAGUGUAUGAUUACAUGGCACGUGGCACACUUCGUGAUCAUCUCGACAAUACCAAGAAUCUGCCACUAUCAUGGAAACAGCGACUAAAGAUCUGCAUCGGGGCGGCGCGUGGGUUGCACUAUCUCCAUAGAGAGGCAAAGGAGGUUAUCAUCCACCGCGAUGUGAAAUCAUCAAAUAUAUUAUUGGACGAAAAUUACGUGGCAAAGGUAUCAGAUUUUGGUUUGUCGAAAUUGGGUCCUACAACCACAUCCGAGACCCACGUCAGCACAAUGGUGAAGGGUAGUUUCGGGUAUAUCGACCCAGAAUAUUUUCGUCUGCAGCGACUAACAGAUAAAUCUGACGUGUAUUCUUUUGGUGUGGUUUUGUUUGAGGUGCUGUGUGGCAAGCCACCGGUCUUCGAGAGCUUUUCAGGGGAGAGAGUGGGCCUGGCACAAUGGGCCCAUAGUUGUUAUCAAAAUGGAAGCCUUGAUGAAAUCGUGGACCCGUAUCUGGCAGGCCAGAUUGCGCCGAUGGCCUUGCAGAAGUUCAGUGAGGUCGCUGAGAAUUGUGUUCGUGAACGUGGAAGUGAACGUCUGACAAUGAGGGAUAUCGUGUGGGCAUUGGAGUCUACAUUGCAGCUUCAGGAAACUGAAGAAGAAAACACGAAUGAUAGUGAUGCUAUCAUCACUGAUGAGGGUUCAAGUCAAAACACGGUAAAAUCUCUAUCUAUAUUAGAUUAUCAGUCGACAGUUAAUAGUUAAUUAAGAAUUUAAGAAACAGUAUUUCAUAAU